GAUGAACAUAAAUGUUCUUUGCGUUGUACAGAAUGCACUGAUGGCUUUUGCCCAUUCUUACCGGAAAAUGCAAAAUCGACUGUGAAAUGCAAGAAAUGUGGCAAUGAGAGCAGUAUCGUUGUUAGCGAUGUGUUGGAAUUAUGGCAAAAAAUGGAAAGCUGUGAUUCCAGUGAAAAAGAUAUGGAUAAAUUACAGAGGCUAUAUGACAAAUGUGAAAAAGUCUUCUCGCCAUAUAAUGUGGCACUUUGUCGUUUAGCAGAAACUAUCAUGGGGCUAGCGCUGGCAAUGGAGAACUAUGCGAUAGCUGCAAAAUAUACCGAAAAAACAUUUAUUUGCUUCAGCACAUUUUAUCCAAGGCUUCAUCCGGCGUUGACUGUACGUACAUACGAAUAUUCCAAAAUGCUAAUGUUGGAUCGAAAAUACGAAUGCUUACAAUUCCUCCAACAGGCAUUCCAGAUGAUGUGUGACAGUUAUGGGCCUGAAAGUGAUUUUGCGGCGGAAACAGAGAAAAUUUUAAAUGACGUCCUCCAUCCAGACCCAUCUCAUGAAUAA